AUGAAUAAGGAUAUUACAACACAACUUAAAGUGCUUCAGUGCUGUCAGUGUCAGAAUGACGUAGGAUUUUUCUGUAGGCCAUGUAAACAAAAUCUGUGUAUGACAUGUAAGCAGAAACACGCUAUGUACCUCGAUACCAAAGACCAUGAUGUCGUUAUUUACCGUUUAAAGCAUGGGGACUUUAUAAUACCAGAGUCAUGUGAUAUACACCCAAACUGCAAAUAUAAAAUUUGGUGCAAAUCCUGUGAGUGUCCCACCUGUGAUAGAACUGAUGAACAUCAAGGACAUGGAAAUCUGGAUAUCAUAUUAGCCUGUACGGUUCAAAGACAGGAACACAGGGAAAGAAUUAUUCAGAUUAGAGGCGAGAGUCUCCCAUACAAUCGUGCGAUCCUAGCAGGCCUCAAAUCUGACGUCAAAAUAGACGGAAAAACAUUGAAAGCACAAUUUUCCAGCAUCCAACAAGAGGUUGCAAUUAAAGCUGCAAACUUGGUAAAACUUAUCGAAAUACAUAGUAAGGCACUUAAUGAUUUACGUAAAACAAAUAUUUAUAUGGAUUUUGUAUUGAAGCAUCAAAAUAUAAAGGAAUAUGUACUUAGAUACGAGAAACUAGCGAAGAAGUCUGUCAAGUUUCUGCAGUUCACAAAGAAAACCCCUGUCCCCAAGACAAUAGAACUUCCUGAUAACAUAAAAUGGGAUUUUAGUAAAGAAAUAAGUAUAAGGGACAUUUUUGAGCUAUUGGUUGACAUCAAAACUACAGAGUCAGGAAAAAGACAAAAUCUGCAUCAUUUGUUUGAUGUUCAUAAUCACUAUGGAGUGCAUACGGUUAACAAUGCAGGAGAACUGAUUUAUGCAGACACAAACUUGAACAUUAAUAAACUAAGUGCAGACAAUGCUACGAAGUCGACACUGAUUAAGAGAUUAGAACUAUGGGAACCACUGUGUAUCUGUUAUGCACCUUUCACUGGAGAUCUUCUGGUCAUGAUGAAGUUUAAUGCUAGAAAGUAUAUUGAUUCCGAGGUGAAAGUCAUUCGGUAUAAUAGCAGAAUGCAACCAGUACAAUUCAUACAGUAUGGUAGCUUAGGUCUGCAAUUAUAUAGUGGACCUAUCUAUAUCACGGAGAACCGUAAUGGAGAUGUUGUUGUGUCUGCUAAAAUCAGUGGAUUGGUGGUCACAGAUCUUAAAGGAAAUUAUCGUUUCACUUACAGAGGACCAUCAAAGGGAUCCGCAUUGAUGUUCUUUAUUCCAUAUGGAACCUGCGAAGAUGCAUUCUUAAAUAUCCUGAUCUGUAGUCGAACGGACCACGCAAUACACGUGAUCGACAAGGACGGCCAUCUCCUAUCAAUUCUAUCAAUUUUACUAACAAAACAAGAUGGAAUGGUUCAGCCAUUAGGUUUGGGAUAUGACGAGAAAAAUCAUCUUGUUUGGAUUGGAUCUACAAACAACAACAAACUGUGCGUCUACAGAUAUAUUGAACGACAAGAUCAUCUUGCAGAUAUUUCAUAA